AUGAUGAGACAUUUUGAGAAUUUCCAGACCAGAUUUACAGACCUUUGGGAUGAAGGACUGUUAGAAUGAGUCCUUGAGGAGCUAUGGAAAAAUUCUCUGAAGGGAAUUCUCUUUAAGGGUAAAAUUUGAAAGGCUGGGGGAGGAUUGUAGCAGAUUUCAAGGUUUGGGAUACCUGGCAAGGCCUGAAAUGCAUGCACUUCAUCAUAAGGAAGACAUCUGGGCCAAGAGGUGACUCCAGCAAGAUUUCUAAAGGGUCACAAGGAUGUGACAGAGAAUAAUGAAUAGUCCCUACUGUGGCAACUCUUCAGCUAAGAUGAGUGUCAACGAAGUAUCAGCUUUCUCAUUGACUCUGGAACAAAAAACUGGUUUUGCUUUUGUGGGGAUUUUGUGUAUCUUCCUGGGACUUCUUAUUAUUCGAUGCUUCAAAAUCUUGCUUGAUCCUUAUAGCAGCAUGCCUUCUUCUACAUGGGAAGAUGAAGUUGAAGAAUUUGAUAAAGGGACAUUUGAAUAUGCACUUGCCUGAGAGCACAAG